AUGUCGAAAGGCGAUACAAUGCAUAAUGGAUUGGAAUAUGUUCAAUCACAAAUAAAUGAAGUGUCAAACGAGUCGUUAGAAAGUACACGUCGAAUGCUUGGUAUAGUUGAUGAAACAAAAGAAGUUGGCAUCCGGACACUCGUUAUGUUGAAUGAACAAGGUGAAAAGUUAGAUAAUAUUGAACAAAAUUUAGAUAAAAUUAAUUUGAAUAUGAAUGAAGCUGAAAAACAGCUUACAUAUCUACAAAAAUGCUGUGGCUUAUGUAUACUAUUACAGAAUACUCGACGAUCGACGCCAAUUACUUUGAAUGACAAUAAGGAUAAAGUGAUUAGAGCCGAACCAAAACUUCGUAUGUAUGAAGAUACGAUGCAUGAUAAUGGAAUGCCGAUGAAUGGUUAUAUUUCAAAAAUAACAAAUGAUGCAAAAGAAGAGGAAAUGGAAGAAAAUCUACAACUUGUUCAUUCAUAUCUUGGUGGUUUAAAAAAUAUGGCAUUAGAUAUGGGUAACGUCAUCGAAGUUCAAAACAAACAAGUUGAUAAUAUAAAUUUAAAAUCUGAAAAACAAACGACUCGGAUAGGAGAAGCAGACAAAGUUACUCAGAAAAUUUAUCGAAAUGCCUAA